AUGUACGGUAAUAUUAUAAUAUACGGUGGCGGCAAAGGCGGGCGAAACGGCAAAGGAGGGCGAGGUGGAAAAGGCGGUGAAGGUGGCGACCGCGGCCGUGGUGGUGACCGCAGACGGGGAGGUGCCAGCAGUGGGGCACCCUCCACCAAGAAGUUUAGUGGGAAAUGUGACCUGUGCCACGUAAAGGGGCAUAAAGUAUUAGCCUGCCCAAAGUUGAUUUCUAUGAUGGCCAUUGCAGAAGCGGCCACUUCUCGGCCGGAUGUGGUUGAUGGAGAGCCCGUGGCUGGUGGCGGUGAAGAGUUGGAGGCCGGUGGAGAGUCGGUGGACGGUGGCGAGACGGUGGACGGUGGCAACUAA